UGCAGCGUUGGUCAUUUCAAUUUUGUUUGAAUAAAUACAACUUAACACCUCUACAAUUACCAUACUUAAACAAUUGUUGUUCAAAUAAUCUAGACCGUACGUUGAAUGUAAAAACAAUAGCAUGGAACGAGCUCACCUAUUGAUAUGCAUCCAUCCAACGUUCCAUCGCUGUUCGAAUGCAAUACUAAGACAUGCUGUUCAGUUGCAUAACUACCACAACCCAAAGAAUGCAGCGAACAAAGUGAAAAUAUAAAAUUAAAAUCAACGAAUUCACGCCCAUGCGACUCUGCGUUGGCAUGCUUUUUAUCUGAUAAGUGGUAGCACACUCGGAAGUCAGCACUGUUUACAAAUAAAAAAAAAUCACAUAAUAUUCACUCCUAACAAAAAGCGGAAUCAAUCAGAGAACCAUUUUGCUGAAAUACCGCACCACCCUAAUGCUACUCUGAAGUUCUGAAUCACCGCAAACGUAUAAAAAGCGAUCGGGACAACUCCUCAAACAUCAAACAUCAGUUCUACCAGUGAAAGUGAAGUCGGUCGAAAAUUCAUUCAGGAUGCAGGUAAUUUUGGCUAUACUAAUUGUGAUGAUUUCACUGAACGGCAUAAAACCUUUCACUGUGUCAGAUGAAUGGGAAAAUUCAAUUGAUAUAUAUGACUUCAACUGGCCUGCUGAUGCAACCUCGAUAGGAAAAGUCCCAAAAUAUAAAACAGAUUACAGUUUUUACAAUGCAAUAGUGGACAUACUGCCAUAUAAUUUCACUGAGCCAUUUGAGAAGUGCAAGCUAAUUAAAUUUCAAGGUGGAUCUGUUAAAUCAAUCCACAUAAAUCCCAGGUUAGACUAUAUUUCUUUACGCGAAACAUCUUCUGAAAAUGUGAUUAUUAAACCUGAUGUGUUCUACAAACUGGGUCAUUUCACGUGUACGAAAUCAAAAUUGACACAAAUCCCAGAGAACAUUAAUCGGUUAAAACAUUUGACAUAUUUAAAUCUUGAUGAAAAUUUGAUAGAAACAGUUCAAAUGGACCAGUUUAAUGGGUUGAACAAUUUGAAAAAACUUUUUCUUUCUUCUAAUAAAAUAAAACACAUUUACAGUGACGGUCCGGUGAGUUUGCCAUCGCUCACUGAAAUGUAUCUUGACAAUAAUCGACUUCAACAUUUUGACGUCUGCAAAUGGGACAUGCCUACUCUUUCCCGCCUUCUUCUCCGACGUAACAAUUUGACACAUUUUGCAAUUCAUCAAUUUCCUGCGCUUAAAGAACUAUUGAUUGGUGGAAACCCAUUGAAUUGCGCUUGGAGAGAUCGUUUAAAGAAUAAGUCAAUACGGCUCUUUUUCCAUACAUAUUGUGACGAAAAAAGCGUCGGUGACUUCGUGUUGGAUUGUUCACCACCAAAUCAUCAGCUACAGCAGCAUCAGGUUUCCAAUUUCAACUCCAGCUUAAGCCAAAGCGAAGGUACAAUACCGAAUAGUAAUCAACAAGUUUCGGAAUUGAGUGACAGAAUACAAAAACUUGAAGAGCAGCUGAAAAAUUUGAGCAACAAUCAACUAAUUUCUGAUUUGAGUACCAGAAUACAAAAUAUUGAAGGUCAGCUGAAUAAUCUCAACAAAAAUCGUAAAAACUAUCAACAAGUUUCCGAAAGAAUGCAAAACAUUGAAGGCCAGCUAAAUAUACUGAAGAACAAUCAACAAGUCUCUGAUAUGAGUAACAGAAUGCAAAAAAUUGAAGACCUGCUGCAAAAUCUUACCGCAAAAAUUAUUGAACAGCAAAAUAUCUCAAAUGACAUCAUUGAGGCAAUGUACCGAACUGAAAUCGAAAGAGCUUCCAAAAAAACGAAGAAAAUUCCAUAACUUUCGAAAUAAUAAUGUUCAUAUUUAUUGAAUAAUAUAGACCUAAGUAUAAAAAAGUUCUAUGUAUCGAGCUUAAGUUCAUAAUUAAAUAAACGCCAUAUAGAAAAAAAUCAGCUUUUCACAGUUCUUUUGGUUUCCCUUGUGAAAAAUAUCACUUCAUCUCCCGUUUUUCUUUUCUUGUGGUACAUAUGAUGGAAAAUCCGCCGAUAGAACGGUUUGCAAUGUACUCUUAAUCGACACUUUCUGUGGUGUUUUCAUCUCUUUCUAAACUCUCGUGGAGACUGUAAUCCACUUGUGAACAUCGUUGCCCCAAAAGUAAACGCCCAUUGACAAAUUUCGUCUCAAAUCGUAUUCGGAGUUGGCAGCACCCUCUCAAAUUUCUAUUUUGUGUGGAGUUUUGGAUGGAAACCCAUGGAGCAAUAUCUGGUAGAAUUCUUCGAAAAACUUUAUGAGAAACUUUUGGA